AUGGAUGAGACUUUGAUCUCGACAAUCAACAAGUUACAAGACGCGUUGGCCCCUCUUGGAGGUGGAUCUCAGUCGCCCGUAGAUUUGCCCCAGAUCACAGUCGUAGGGUCCCAAUCGUCGGGUAAAUCGUCUGUGUUGGAGAAUAUAGUGGGUAGAGAUUUUUUGCCUAGAGGAACUGGUAUUGUGACUAGAAGACCGCUUGUUUUACAAUUGAUUAAUAGACGAAAGGCGAAAGUGAAUCCCGCACCUGCAAAAGAUGAUUUGUUAGAUCUUGCGAACGGGGAUUCGGGCCAGUCGGAGGACAACGUUGAAGAAUGGGGCGAAUUUUUGCAUUUGCCAGGCAAAAAGAUCUUCAAUUUUGACGAAAUUCGUCAGGAGAUCGUUAAAGAAACUGAAAAAGUUACCGGUAAAAACGCCGGAAUAUCUCCGGUGCCGAUCAAUUUGAGAAUUUACUCUCCACACGUUCUUACGUUGACGUUGGUAGAUUUGCCAGGUUUGACUAAAGUUCCAGUGGGAGAUCAGCCCGUCGAUAUUGAAAAACAAAUCAAAGAUAUGAUCUUGAAAUAUAUUUCGAAACCUAAUGCGAUUAUUUUGUCCGUCAACGCCGCGAACACGGAUUUAGCAAACAGUGAUGGGUUGAAACUUGCUCGGGAAGUCGACCCAGAGGGAACUCGCACGAUAGGUGUGCUCACGAAAGUGGACCUGAUGGAUCAAGGUACCGAUGUUAUUGAUAUUCUCGCCGGUAGGGUUAUUCCACUCAGAUACGGUUACAUUCCGGUGAUUAACAGAGGUCAGAAGGAUAUUGAAGUAAAGAAAACCAUCAGAUCUGCGCUCGAGGAUGAAAAGAAAUUUUUUGAAAACCAUCCCUCGUACAGUUCCAAAGCGCACUACUGUGGUACUCCAUACUUGGCUAAGAAACUGAACUCCAUUUUGCUACAUCACAUCAGACAAACUUUGCCCGAUAUCAAAAACAAGAUCGAAAUCACACUUAAGAAAUAUCAAGCAGAACUCAUGAGUCUUGGGCCCGAGACUUUGGACUCUCCAAAUUCCAUUGUUUUAAGCAUGAUCACCGAUUUUUCCAAAGAGUACACUGGAAUUCUAGACGGUGAAGCUAAGGAGCUUUCCAGUCAAGAAUUGUCUGGUGGUGCUCGUAUCUCCUUUGUUUUCCACGAAAUUUACAAGAAUGGAGUAAGAGCGUUAGAUCCAUUUGAUCAAAUCAAGGAUUCUGACAUCAGAACCAUCAUGUACAAUAGUUCCGGAGCUGCACCAUCUUUGUUUGUGGGCACUGAGGCGUUCGAAGUUUUGGUCAAGCAACAAAUUCAAAGAUUUGAAGAACCAAGUUUGAGACUUGUAAGCCUGGUGUUCGAUGAAUUAGUCCGGAUUUUGAAACAAAUUAUUUCGCAACCGAAAUACAGCAGAUAUCCAGGUCUAAGAGAAGCCAUGUCCAACUAUUUUGUACAAUUUUUGAAGGAGGCUAUCAUUCCAACAAACGAAUUUGUUUCCGAUGUUAUCAGAGCCGAGCAAACCUAUAUCAACACAGCGCACCCUGACUUGCUGAAGGGAUCGCAAGCCAUGUCAAUGGUUGAGGAGAAAUUGCACCCAAAACAAGUAGUGGUCGACCCUAAAACGGGCAAACCUUUGCCCAAUCAACAUGUGCAGCAGCAAACACAACAACAACAGACCUCUGAAGAAAAAUCCAGUUUCUUUGGUGGAUUUUUCUCUUCAAAAAACAAGAAAAAGCUGGUUGCCUUGGAGACACCCCCACCUGUAUUGAAGGCCACCGGUCAAAUGACCGAGAGAGAAACCAUGGAAACAGAGGUGAUUAAACUAUUGAUAGAAAGCUAUUACAAUAUUGUCAAACGUACAGUGGCUGACAUUAUCCCCAAGGCCGUUAUGCUCAAAUUAAUUGUGAAGAGUAAAAACGAUAUACAGAAGAUCUUGUUGGAAAAACUAUACGGUAACCAGGAUAUCGCCGAACUCACGAAAGAAAACGAUAUUACAAUACAGAGAAGAAAAGAGUGUAACAAGAUGGUCGAGAUUUUAAGGAAUGCUAGCGAGAUUGUAUCUUCUGUCUGA